CCCCUCCAUGCACAAUCUAACUCAUUCCGUUCUUUUUUUUUAGUUCCAUCAUGACGCAUGCCAUUCUUUUCCUUGGUCUUCUAAUAGUUGCUUACUUUGGUGAUUCUCAAGCUGAAAAUGCCUUCUCACAAUAUUGGGAAGAGCAUAUUGGUCUUCCAGACCCUCCACAGUGGUUAAUUUCAAAGACUUCUCCAUUAAGCCUUGAUCAGCUGGCAAUGUUUAUGAAACUUAUGGAGGAAAAUGAAUUGGCUUCCCACAUGCAUUCAUUCUGUAAGCAGGCUAAUGUUGCUUGUUCUACAAAUGCAUUGAUGAAGAAGAUCUAUGACACAAACUUGCCAUCAAUAAUCCCAUUGACUGAUGCCAAAAAGAUAUAUGAAGGCCUUCCAGAGGAAACACCCAUGUCAAUUGCCAGCCAAGGGGGAUUGCUCUUUUUUCGGGAGUCAGUAGUGAAAGAGAGAAAUGUUAUGCCUAUCCCUGAUCUAAGAGACCCAAUGUCAUAUAUAUCAUUUUUGCCGCGCCCUUUGGCAUCAAAAAUCCCAUUUUCUUUUGCCAGGAUCGACGAAUUAAAGAAGCUUUUUGGUGUGGUGGAUGAUUCAAACAUGGAUGAGUACAUUCAAGACACCCUCAAGAUAUGUGAGAAAAGCUCCAUUCAAUGCUUACAUUGCACUUGUGCUACUUCUGCUGAGGAUCUCAUUGAUUUUAUUAUUGAGAAAUUAGGGCACCAUGUAGGAAUAUGGAGUACUGAGAAUGUUGAAGGAUCUUAUGAGAAUGUCACAAUUGGAGCUAUGAAACUAAUAUAUGGAAACCUCUCUGAACCACCAGUCAUAUGUCAUAGUCAACCAUUCCCAUUUCAAGUCUAUUUUUGCCACAUUUUACAAAAAGUGAAAGUAUAUGCAGUUGAUAUACAUGCCCGGAAGAAGGUGAAUCAUGCUAUCAUGGCAUGCCACUAUGAUACAUCAACUUGGAAUCCAAACCAUCUUGCUUUUAAGCUAUUGGGUUUUGGCCCAGGCCUAAUUGAAGUCUGUCAUUGGAUGAACAAGAAUGGAGUGGUCUGGACAAAGACUCUAGUUUGAGAAGCAAUUGAAUAUUGAUUGUCUUGUUUUUGUUA